AAGACUUGUAGGUGUGUCAUAGACCCCUCCUCGGCGCCGCCACCAGCUUGGGGGCAUUUCCCGCGUGGUUGAACGACUCGUUCCUGGCACGUUGUCUACAGGGCUGUGUCAGUCCAGGAAGGUCCGCCGGGUUGUGAAGACACUGCGUGCAACCUCGCUCACCGAGUCCAGGAACGGCUGUGUGUGUGUGUGUCCCAUGGACGCUGUCAGGACGCUGUUCUUGCUGUGGGUGUGUGCGCUGGGGGCGGCGGCGGCGAGCGUAAAUCCAUGCUGUUAUUGGCCCUGUGAGAAUAAAGGAGUGUGCGUUAAUGUUGGUCUUGAAGGUUACGAGUGUGACUGCUCCCACAGUGGUUAUUACGGAGAUAACUGCACUUUGCCUUAUCUGUGGACAAGUGUUUACACAUUCUUGAAGCCCAGCCCUCCUUUCUUGCAUUAUCUACUGACACAUUACAAAUGGCUGUGGAAUAUCAUAGAUAGCAUUACUUUCCUCAGCGACAACUUGAUGCGGAUGGUUUUAACAGCACGGUCGGACCUGAUCCCCAGCCCACCGACCUACAACUCCGACUACAACUACCUCACUUGGGAGGGCUUCACCAACCUCAGCUACUACACCCGCUUGCUCCCGUCCGUGCCCCUGGACUGCCCGACCGGCUCCGGAACUAAAGGGUAUAAGACAUGGCCGAAUGCCACGCAAUUGGCUAUGGAUUUCCUGCUGAGGAAGACGUUCAUUCCGGAUCCCCAGGGCUCCAACCUGAUGUUCGCAUUCUUCGCCCAACACUUCACCCAUCAGUUCUUCAGGACAAACUUUGACCAAGGUCCGGGGUUCACUAAAGCUCUGGGGCACGGGGUGGACCUCAGCCACAUUUAUGGAGUGUCUCUGGAACGUCAACACCAGCUGCGGCUUUUCAAGGACGGGAAGCUGAAGUUUCAGGUGGUGAAGGGAGAGAUGUACCCCCCGUCGGUGAAGGAAACAUCGGUCAAGAUGAAGUACCCGAGCUCGGUGCCGUGGGACAAGCAGCUGGCCUUUGGCCACGAGUUGUUCGGCCUGGUUCCUGGCCUGAUGAUGUACGGCACAAUCUGGCUCCGUGAACACAACCGGGUCUGCGACAUCCUGAAAGGGGAGCACCCGACCUGGAGCGACGAGCAGCUCUUCCAGACCACCAGGCUCAUCCUCAUGGGAGAAACCAUUAAGAUAGUGAUUGAAGAUUACGUGCAGCACCUGAGUGGUUACAACUUCAUCUUGAAGUUUAAGCCGGAACUAAUGUUCAAGGAGCCGUUCCAGUACAGCAACCGGAUCGCCCUGGAGUUCAACCAUCUUUACCACUGGCACCCGCUCUUGCCCGACACCUUCACGGUCCAAGGCCACGAGUUCAAAUACGAAGAGUUUCUUUUCAAACCAGAGAUCCUGCUGGACUUUGGAGUGGAUGCUCUGUUGGAAUCGUUCACAAAGGAGAGAGCUGGACAGAUCGGCGGGGGGAGAAACAUCAAUGGGCAUGUGCUGCAUGUGGCGAUCUUGGCCAUCGAACACGCCAGGACCCUGAGAAUGCAGCCCUACAACAUGUACCGCAAGUGGUUCGGUCUGAAGCCUUACGAAUCUUUCCAAGAACUCACAGGUGAAACGGAAAUAGCAGCUGAACUGGAGAAACUUUAUGGGCACAUCGAUGCCAUGGAAUUUUAUCCUGGCUUGAUGCUGGAGAAGCCGUACGAGGGUGCUAUUUUCGGGGAAAGCAUCGUAGAAAUGGGAGCUCCCUUCUCCCUCAAGGGUCUCAUGGGAAACCCCAUCUGCUCUCCUUUUUACUGGAAGCCGAGUACUUUUGGGGGGCAAACUGUUGAUAUCGUCAACACAGCCACGCUUCAGAAACUGGUCUGCCGCAAUAGUAAGACAUGCCCAAAUGUGGCUUUCCACACCUCUGAUAGUGUGAGCAGCAGGGUCCGAGGAAGAAAAGCUCGAGCUGAAGACUGAGUUCUAACCACCAGGAAGAUCUUGGGACUGGUCGGGAGAUUUAUUGACAACUCUUAUAUAUUGGCUCCUUUAAGUAAUUCGACCUUUAAGGAGCAGAUUGUCCCAGU